AUGGCGAGCCCUAUGAAACCUAUAUUAGAUUGGUCCGAGGACGGUUUACAGGAGGAAUGGCUAUCCAAUGAGAGCGAGAAUGAUGGUUCUGCCGGCACUACUACUUCCUUUUCGGGAGCAAAGAAUAACAGUAGUGGGAAUGGCAUUGGACCAAGAGCUCAGAACAGAUCUGCAGGUCCGGCCAUUGACUGGGCUGAAGAAGGACUAGAGGAGGAGUGGGUGUCUGAGAAAGAAAGUACCCAUGGACGAGCUGGUAGCCAAGGCUCCGUUUUAGCGACUGGACCUGCCAGAAUUCCAACUGGCAGUGCUACGGAUACUGCCAGUAGAUCAGCCAGUACCGUCAAUUCCUUGCACUACGAUACCAGAAAAGUAGAUAAUUCUGCUCCCCAAGCUAGAACUCCAGAAUGGAAGAGGGCCUAUAAAAACAAUGGCACUGGAAGCAAUGCAGGCAAUAUCUUUUCUUCAAGCUCUUCAUCACUACAAAACCUUUUUCAAGGACCUGAAAGAGAUCAAGACGACGAAAAUGACAGUAGUAAUCCAAACAGCAUGGGGAAAAAUGGUCGUAAUGCCAAGGCUCUGUCUGAUAUUCCAGAAGGAAGUGAAGAUUCUGCCACAGAGAGUAAUUCUAGUAACAACAACAGCAUGCGUGAAAUUUUUAAUAAGAAUGCCCGUGAGGCCAAAAUUAUGGCCGACCAGGGACCUACUAAAACCACUGUGGGUAAUGAUUCGGGGUCUCUGGGAUUCAGAUUUUUUGAUCGCGCAAGUCCACCACUAGAUAAUACCCACGAACUUUCUGAAUCAGGAAAACCAGCUAACUUACAGGAUGCAAAUUCCAGUCCCAGCUAUCCAAACCAAGGAAAUAGCACAAUACCUGACAAAUCAACCAAUGAAAUGACACAACCCAACGAUUCAGAUCCAUCACAAUUCUCCGAAUACCACACCUCAUCAGUUGACUCGACAGCAAGUUCUCCACUUAAAGUAUUCCAGAAAAGUAACACUUACACAAAAGGCAGAAUGGAAGAUCUGCUGGGAAGUGUGGGUAAUCGAGACGACCAGACAUCUACAUCAUCUACUCUACGACAUAUUCCAGACACUCUUGACUCACUUAGAGGCAAGAAACCAGCAGUUUCACAAGAAGUCAACCAGUUAAAGGAUUAUAUGAACGAAGCAGAUGCUCUUAUGAACGCUUUACGAAACCAACGGCCACCAGUACCGGAGUUCUCUCAAUCUAGUUCUUCGAUUAUGAGUGAUUCUACCGACAUUUCUGACAGCACAAACAGUUUGAACAUGCUGGAGAUUUCGCUUAAACAGCACUCACCUGAAAUUGAAAGCGAAGAUGAAGACGAAUCGAGCAAUUCAUCGUCCCUGGCUAAAUAUGAGAAUAAACCCACCAACCAUCAAGCCCAAUAUUACAAUUCUGCAAAGGGGGUAUACGAGGUUGGAGCAACUUCUAUCAACGAGGAGCAUAGUUCGUCAUCGUCAUCGUCUACUUCUUAUUCUUCAUCAAAGUCUGGCAAUCAAGAAAGCCAGACAAACUCAUACACCCAGAAUCCACCUUCUGCUAUAAAUUCUCACAAAAGCAAUGCAAACAGUAAAACAACCGGGUCACCAGUUUUGAUGAACCCCUCUCUACCAUCCAAAGUACCAGGCUCCCCCAAUAAAAGACACCCUGCUAUGGCAGUCAUAACACCAAACGAUUUAAAAGAUUACAACCAGCACUUUGAUGGUAUGGUGUGGGAUACCGUUAAUAAAUGUUGGCGUAGUACUAGCCAGCCAGAUUUCGGGACAGGGACAACUAAAGUUGCUUCGUCGGACGAAUUUGAUAAAGACCCUUUUGAAGGCAUUGAUGAUCUAGAUGAUGAUUCGAAGGGUAGUCGAGAAUGGGAGCUAUCUGAAGUAAUACCAAAUAGUGCCCCCAAGGAUGAGACGACCGUAAACUCACUUCAAGAUUUAGAGAUGAUUCCAAAAGGGUUAACAGAAAGUGAUGAUUCAGCUGAUAAAAUCAGUCAAAAUGUCGACCUUGAUGAUGUCGUAGAAAUAGCUAAAGGUGUUAGUAAUAUGUCUGAUAUUUCAAGCUCAUCAUCUCGAUCACAACCCACGCCACAUCCGUCACAUUCGGUACUACCUCACAAAACUUCCCGAACCAGUAGUAUUAAGUUGUCUGCUGCUGAUAGUCGACCAAAAACAACUCCAAAUUUGACCCCUAAUCGGUCGGAUAAGAUAACAGUCACCUCAACCUAUAGUCAAUUUCAAAAGCGAGAGGUAUCGUUUCAAAUUGCACCUGAAGAUGCUCGCCGAUUGUUUCAGUCCAAACACCAGCCAUUUUCUAAUCUCAGUUCAAUAGUCACUCCAAGAGUCAAUGCCACCAAUAUCUUCAGCAUUGAAUCGUCAUUUUCUGAUGUUUAUAACUCGAUUGUACGCAUCUUGAAUGAAAAACAUCCCAGCGAAGAUUGGACUCGAUUGUUAGAACUGUCAGUUGCUGGCAACCAAUUCACCACUCUUCUUGAACUGGCAAAGCUAUGCCCGAGUCUCGAAAUACUGGAUGCAUCCAACAACAACCUGAAUGUUAUUAAUGGUCUUCCAACUUCAUUGCUAGAGCUGAAUGCUAGUAACAAUAAACUGACGAAGCUGGUGUCGUUCAAAUCCCUGAGCCAUCUACAACAACUCAACUUGUCGAACAACAAGCUGGAUUCACUGCUGCCACUUUCAGGACUCAUUCAACUGACGGACUUGAACGUUGACAAUAACGAUCUAACUUCAUUGUCUGGCAUUGACAACAUUCGUGGUCUUCGCAGUCUGAGUGCCAGAAAUAAUAAAUUGGCUAUUGUUGACUUUCAGAAGUCGAAAUGGAACAAGUUAGAGCAGCUCAAUUUGAGUGGUAAUCGCAUUGAACUGGUCAAGGGACUAGAUAUGCUUUCUAGUCUGGUCACAUUAGAUUUAGACCACAACAAGGUUGUGAGUUUCUCUUCCACAGAAACGAUAUCUUCAGUUAGAAAGCUAAGUCUUAAUGGAAAUGAUACUACCAUCGAUGUGUCAAAGUUUAAAGGGCUCAAAGAGUUGCAGUUUGAUAGAAACAAACGAGUAAUCGGCCUUGGAUCAUUGUAUAAGUUGGAAGUAGUUUCAUUCCGAAGCCAGACUGAAAAUACACAUGUUCAAACAUGGGAAACACUGUGUGAUAUUCACAGGCUCUAUUUAUCAGGCAAUUUACUGGAGGCUUUUAAUAUUCGAGAGCCAUUUUUGAAUCUACAAGUUCUUGAGUUAUCAGGCGUUUCAUUGAAAGCACUUCCUGAGUCAUUCCCAGAAUUUUGCUUGAAUCUGCGUGAACUGGACUUAUCUUUUAAUCAAAUCCAAAGCAUUCGUCCACUAGUAGGCAUACCUAAACUUCGACGACUGUACCUAUUCCGCAACCAAAUCUCCGAUGUUGGGGAACUAGUCGAUUGUAUUUCGGAAAUGUCGUAUUUGCAGGUCCUUGACACACGGGAAAAUCCUGCCAGUGAACUGUUCUACCCACCAAUAGCGGCAGAUGAUCAAGAAAGCUACCGUAAGACGCAUACAAAAUACGAACAAAAAAGGUGGCUAGAGAAGUUGUCUGAGUUUGAUCAAACUGGACUGUCGGAUAAAGUGAAGGCUCUAAGGACCGUGUACCGCGGAACAUUAGUGGGUUCGUCUCCAAGAGGUCUAAAAUGGCUUGACGGCGCACUCAUCGACCAAGAAGAAAUGACAGAGGCUCUAAAAAUAGUUCGCAGUGUAAAUUAA